AUGGAUAUCGACGUCGAGUUCCUCGAAAGUCCCAUCGACAUUGUCGUUCCCACUCCCAAAGCUAAUACGGAAUGCGAGAAAGUAGCGUCACCGAGUUCGGUUACCGUAACCAGUAAGCUUUUCUCGUUUCGGGACAAGUCCACGUGCUCUUGUAAGUCGACACCGCGUCCGUGUGUCUUCAUCCACGGUCUUGGUGUUAAAGAUGAAAUGCCCGAGAACCAAGACGAACUUACGGAUUAUUGGGGAAAAUACUUAGCUGGACAUGGACCAUGUUGCUCGUCCAUCAAGUUUUCGCAUCUGAACACAGUAGACAGCACCUGGACAGAUCCAACUCUGCAGGAUAAAGUAUGCAACCGCGCAUUAACAGCAAGCAACACCAGCAAGGACGCGGUAAUCAGCGACACUAUCGUCGUCACGCACUCUAUGGGAAAUGUCAUGUUCGCUGGAGCGCUCUCUACCGGUAAAUGCAAGCUUGAUGCGAGCUCAACGUGGGUGGGAAUGGCUGGCCCCAUGAUGGGGAGCAUAUGUUCGGACUUUGUCCAGGACUCGUGUGCUGGUAAAACGAAUAUUGUGUGGGAGAAGAUUGGGAAUAUUACGGGACGAUGCCCUCCGAACACAGCGUUAAAGUCGUUAGCGUAUGAGGGCGGAAGCUACAGCUCUGAGGCAGUGACUGCAGCGUAUAAAGCGGCUCAAGAGGUGUACCGGACGAAUGUAUCGGCUCUAAUGUGCGGCAGGUCAAGCUCUGGACUGAUAUCGAAGUAUCAAGCUCAGUUCUGGGGGCUUAGCACGAUGGUCCCUCAUAAGUCCAAGUUGAAUGAUGGAAUGGUGGAAUUCCAGAGCUGUGCUGCGGGAUUUCCCGAAUCCAAGUUUGGAGCUAACUACCGCGAUCGUUUCUACGUGACGAAACUCAACCAUUACGACAUGCAGUUUCGAGCUGGCGAUUCGCUGCUAGACGAAGAGAAAAUGCCUCUGAAGUGGUUUGACUGCCUUUUGUAG